AUGGGGUAAGGAUAGUCAUUAGUUUAUGCAGUUCCAGUAGGAGAGAAAAAGGAAGGAGAAAGUCAUAUUUAUAGAAAUCCUACUCAUGUUACUAAAUUAUUAGACAAUUUUGAGGGAGAAAAGACUGUAUAAGGGAUGUUCUUAAGAGCUUGUCGUUUAUAUCCAGAUAAUAGGUGUAUAGGAAGAUAGAUUUCUACAGGUUAGAAUAGUAAACAUUACAGAUAUUUGACAUACAAAGAAGUUAAAUAGAAUGCAGAGUAAUAAUAAUUACAUUAAAUUUAGAUAUUUGGGAUCUGGUAUAAUUAACUUAAAUCUCAUUCCGAAACCAGAAAUAUAUGAAGAUUAGCCAUUAAAAAUGAUAGGAGUGUUUUCUAAGAAUAGAGAAGAAUGGUUAAUUUUGGAUAUAGCCAAUACUUUUUAUGGAAAUACAAUGAUUCCUUUAUAUGAAACAUUGGGUUUCGAAAGUUUACCUUAUAUUUUUGAACAAACAUAACUUAGUACUCUCUUUAUUUCUGAGUCAAAUGCUUAGACAAUAUUGAAAGUAUCAAAUUAUCAUGCGUUAAAAAAUAUUAUAUGUUUUGAUGAAUUAAACUAAGAAAUUAUUGAGAAAGUAUUAUAUUAAAUACUAUGAUAGUUUAAUUAAAAAGGACUCAAAGUUAUCCCUUAUGAAUAAGUAAUUUAAGCAGGAUAAGCUAAAAUACAUGCAUAUACUGAAUUAACUGAAAAUAAUAUUUUUACGUUUAGUUACACAUCUGGUACAACAGGAUUACCUAAAGGUGUUAUGUUAAGGCAUAAAAAUUUUGUAUCAGUUAGUGGAGGAGUGGUAUUUUAAGGCAUUGCAGCAAGCGAGAAAGAUGUUUAUUUAAGUUAUCUUCCACUUCCUCAUGUAUUAGAGAGAUUUGUUGUCAUUACAUUAUUGGGAUAUGGAAGCACUAUUUGUAUGUAUGGGGGAGAUGUUCUAAAAUUAAAUUAGGAUCUUUAAAUGGUUAAACCAACUCUAUUUAUGAGUGUUCCUAGAUUAUACUUCAGAAUAUAUACAGCAAUUAAGUAAAAAUUCGAAAGUCUGUAAGGAGUUUAAAAAAAAUUAUGUGAAUAAGCUUUAGCAAGCAAAUUAUAUUAUCUAAAAAAUGGAGGUCAUGUAGAACAUAGAUUUUGGGAUAACUUAAUAUUUAAAAAGACUAAGGAAGCUUUAGGUGGAAGAGUUAGAUAUAUGUUGUCAGGAUCAGCUCCUAUGUCUGCCGAAGUAAUAGAUUUUCUAAAAUGCGUUAUUUGUGCUCCCUUUAUUGAAGGAUAUGGAUAAACAGAAGGUUGUGGAGGAUCUUUUAUUACAAAAGCUGAAGACACAAUGAGUGGACAUGUUGGAGGUGUAUUUCCUAAUAUAGAAUUUAAAGUAAUUGAUGUUCCUGAAAUGAAUUAUCAUAGCACAGAUAUUAAUGAAAAUAAUUAAAUAACUCCAAGAGGAGAAAUCUGUAAAUAUUUAUAUAAAAACAAUAGGUUUAAGAGGUAAUGCUAUCUUUGCUGGAUAUUAUAAAGAUGAUGAAAAAACAAAAGAGAUGAUUGAUAAAGAUGGAUGGAUCCAUUCUGGUGAUGUGGGAGUUAUACGUCCUAAUGGAGCCUUAUAAAUUAUUGAUAGAGUCAAGAAUAUCUUUAAAUUGAGUCAAGGAGAAUACAUUGCACCUGAAAAAAUAGAAGGAAUUUAUUAAAGAGUAAAUGGAGUAACUGAAGCCUUUGUUUAUGGUGAUUCUUCAAAAAGUUAUUGUAUUGCCAUUAUUGUACCUGAUAAAUAAUUUGUACUUAAUUUAGGGAAUCAAUUUGGGUUAAGUUAAACUUUUGAAGAAUUAUGUUAAAAUAAUGAUGUUGUGAAAUAUUUCCUAGAAUAAAUUACUAAAUAAGUAAAAUAAAAUAUUAAUACUUUUAGGGAAAAUUAGAGAGACUUAAUGGAUUAGAAAAUGUUAAAUAAUUAUACCUUGAGCCGACUAGUUUUGUUGUUCAUGGAUUAACGAGUAAUACAUUGAAAUUGAUGAGACAUAAAGCAAAAGCAUUUUUUGCUAAUUAAAUAAAUAAGUUGUAUUCAGGAAGUGAUUGA